AUGAAAAUCUUGAUUCUUUUGACACUUGUAAGUAAUCACAGAGCUUUGUAUCACUCCAUAACGCUGCAUGAUCCUCACAUGUCCACUUGUGAAACGAUUGUUCUUGGUGGCAAAGGCAAUGGCUUUGAAGCUCAGGACUGGAGAGCUCCUUAUUUCAAUCCUACUUCUGAUAAUGUCUUUAUGUUGAUCGGAUGUUCUCCAAAAUCUCCUAUAUUUCAAGAUGUGACGGAGAUGAUGAAACGGAGACAGACAGAAAUCGGAGAUGAGAUUUGCUAUGAUCGGAAAGGAGACGGAGAAUUUGAAAUGGAAUCACAUGACCCAAACACCGUCGAGAUUCAGCAAACAAAUUCGAGAAUCAGCGAUUGA